AUGUCAUUACCUCAUUUAUUACAAUCACAAAUCAUUAGAGAAUUCUUAAAUGAAUGUAAUGUCUUUUCAUUGCCAACCAAUAGUUACGGAUUACAAUAUGUGUGUAAAAGAUGGUUUCAAUUGAUAUCACAUCUACCCAGAACCAUUCUAGUCAAUCAAGACAAAUGUAAUAUUCAACCAUUUCUUACUUGUCUUGAAAGAAUGUCUACAACAACAAACACUUUAACUACCUCUGCUAGAAAAACCAAAGGAAAACAAAGUACAGAUCGUAGUGGUGGUGGUAGUGAUCAAGACCAAGAUGACUGUUGGAACCUUGCCAAGAAUGUUACUUAUCUGAUAUGGGAUAUAGAUACCUAUAAAGAAAAGAAACAAAAGGUCGAGAGAAUAUGCCGUCUCUUACACAACUGUCCAACCAUCACACACAUCAAGACUAAUCAUCAGAGUCUGUCAUUGUUUGAAAAGAAACGUUGUCUCCCCAAGAACCUGGUCCACUUUGCUGCUCAGGCAGACGAUGUCUCUCGGCUUAGUGAAUACCGUCUAAAGUUAGUGUACAGUGAAUUGGCUCAAUGCCCAUUACUAGUGUCCAUCGACAUUGAAAUUUUCAGUAGUCUUGGUCGUGACCCUAAAGGAGAGAUAGAAGAUGAUCAAUUCUUCAAACCUCUGACACUAUGUACCAACCUUGUCUCACUCCAACUCUAUACAUAUCCAAAAUCCGAUAUGUCACUCAUUAAUGAGGUACUGACUGCCAACCCCAACCUAACCAAACUAUCACUGAAUAUUGAGGGUACCGAUCACCAAGUACUCUACGACACCAUCUUUGCACAUCCAUCACUACAAUCACUUCAAAUCAACUUUGAAUAUGCCGAACAAGACCAGGUUGACGAUUUUAUCAAGAUGCUUCCAACCAAGAACACAAAGAUAACCAAUCUUGCAUUCAACGCAUACCACUCUAAAAAUAUUGUCAGUUUAUUUGAAGCAUUGUCAGCAGAGUCUAGUAUCAAUCAGCUGAUUACACACGUUCGAAUUGGUGCGUGGGAUACAGCCAUUCAAUCAUCAAUCACCAAGUGUAUGGAAACUAUUGGAUCUUUAGCAUUAAAAAGAGUCACAGUCAAAGGACCACGCAAAGACCCAAUACAAGUUUUAUUACGAUCUAAAAAGACACCAAAGAAACAAUUAAAAUUUAUACCAAAGGAAUAUGAUCGUGAAAUGGGGCCCAGUAGAAAAGUGUUUGUUAGUAUCUCCCUACAAGUGGAAGUUGGUAUUAAAUACUUUUACCAUGUGCAAAGAUGGACUCGAAGUGCUAUCGUUUGCGUACCUCUCGAAGUGGUUGCAAAGAUCUUUGCUGAGCCAACCCAAUUUUGA